CUGCGCUGCAACGGCGCCGGCAAGACUUUCGGAGUGGCCAAAAAGGCGAAGAUCUACAGCGUGAGAGCCCUGGGGUGUUCGGGAAGUGGUGCAGUGAGUGGGAUUGUACAGGGGAUGGACUUUAUAGCAGGUAAGGUGGACAAAGGAGAUCACACGGGAACAGUCAUUUUCUCGAUGUCACUCGGAGUUAGGGUUUCCGAGUCGCUUAACGCGGCCGUCAAACGAGCAAUGGACAAGGGGAUCGUCGCCGUGGGAGCCUCGGGUAAUCAGGGGGGAGACUCCUGUAAUUACAGCCCUGCCAGUGCAAAAGUUGGCAUCGCGGUUGGCGCAACCGACAAAGAAGACAACACCAUGUCCUUCUCAAACGCCGGAGAGUGUACAGACAUCUCGGCUCCUGGGGAUGGCAUUGAGAGCGCCUUUGGAAGCUGCAACACGUGCACAAAGACCCUGUCGGGGACUUCCAUGGCUGCACCGCAUGUGGCGGGCUACAUGGCUGUCCUCCUCUCCCUCCACCCUGACAUGACCGCUGCCGAGGCAAAGGACCACAUGGUGCAGCAGUCCACCAAGGGCGUGGUCGGGCUUGCCGCCAUCUCCAGCUCACUCGCCUCCAAGACACCCAACCGCUUCCUCUACGUGGCCAAAGCCAUGGCGAAAGACUCUGACGUUAGAGAGGACUUGGCCGAGGUUGCUCAGAUCAACUCUUUUCUUCAUGGUAGACCUUAG